AUGCUCUUCACGUACCUCCUCCUCAGCCAGGUGGCUGCGCAAAGCCUCGCGGACACAGGUCCGCAGGCGCCGCCCGUUUCUGCCAACGGGACUGCGCUCGCGAGCACCCCGGUCCAGUCCGCCAGCUCCUCUCUCGCCACCAGCCCGAGUACAGCCACCCGAAGUGCCGUCACCGGCGGUUCCGGCGCUGGCUCGGGGUCAGCGACAGCGCCGAGCACGGCGAUCCCUUCGGCGUCGGGCUCGCUCGAUGCCCCCGUCCCCGGCCAGGACAUUGUGCCCCUCCCGCAGUGGUGGUGUGCCGACAACGCGACGUACUGCCCCGGUCGGCUACUGCAGGAUGUGCAGCUCAGCGGCGUGUUCCCGGACUCGAAGACAUUUGUUGACAAGCCCACUAACGGGUCUCUAAAUGACACGCUGAACGCCUUCAACGCCCUCGGAUCGAACGUCACGGUCGGCGAGAUCGCGACGUUCGCGUCCGACUGGUUCAAGGGUGAAGGUCUCGAGCUCCAGCCCGUCGAGAUUGAGGGCUUCAACCCGAACCCCGCCAUUCUCGACAACGUCACCGACCCGCUGUACCGCGCCUGGGUCUCCACGGUUCACGGGUACUGGACUCUUCUGAUCCGCGCGACGAACGAGAGCGCGCUGUGCCAGCCGGGCCCGGAUGGCUGUUCGUCCUCCCUCAUCCCGCUGAACAACACCAUUGUCGUCCCCGGCGGCAGAUACCGCGAAGUGUACUACUGGGACAGCUACUGGAUUCUGCAGGGGCUCCUCGCGAGCGAGCUCGAGAACUAUGCCUUGAACUUGCUGCAGAACUUUAUGGACCUCCUCGACGCUUACGGAUUCAUCCCUAACGGCGGGCGCAAGUACUACCUGAACCGCAGCCAGCCGCCGGUGUUCGCGCACAUGGUGCAUGCGUACGUGACGCAGACGGGGAACACGAGUGUGCUGGAGCGCGCGCUCCCGCUGCUCGACGCGGAGCUGCAGUGGUGGGAGGUGAACCGGACCACGACGGUCGUGUCGCCGUGGACCAACAAGACGCACACGGUCGCGCACUACGCCGUAAACAAUAGUGCUCCGCGCCCAGAGGGGUUCGUGGAGGACCACGACGCGGCUUUCGGCACGCCCGACCACCCGCAGAACUUGACCGAGCAGCAGCGCUCAGACUUGUACGCGGAGCUCGCGAGCGGCGCCGAGUCCGGAUGGGACUACACGUCGCGCUGGUGUCGCGAGCCCCUGCUGAAUGAGACGGACAACAACGUCGUGCUCCGCACCCUCAAUGUGCGCGGCAUCAUCCCCGUCGACCUCACAGCCCUCAUGGCAAGUAACCACUACCUUGUCGCCGAGCUGUACGAGAUGUACGGCGGCGGUAAGGGUUCGGGCUCGAAAGACGGAGGCGGCAAGGACUCUGGCUGGGGAGGAACCUCGACGUCUCACCCCACCGGAAGCAUGGCCCCGCGCCCUAGUAUGUCGCAGCCGGCGUCCCCGCCCGCUGAGUCGCCCUCGGCAGAGCGGCCUCCGGCUAAGCGACAGGGGGCUGACCCCGCGCUGUCCGUCCCCGAAGGCGCGAACGGCCCAACCCCCUCCCUCCCACCCAUGCCGACGCCCACGCCACAGGGCGCCGACCCGGCCUUGAACCCCAGCCAGGGCGGCGGCGACGGAACUCCUUCCGAUCCCGCUGCGGCUCCUAGCGAUGGCGCCUCAUCUCCCGCUGCGCCCUCGCCCGAGUCUGGAUCGCCGGCGAUGCAGCCUUCGCCCUCGCCUAACGCUGAGUCCCCCGCUACUCAGCCCUCGCCUUCUCCCAAUGCCGGUUCACCCGCUGCGCAGCCCUCGCCUUCGCCGAACGCUGGCUCUUCCCCCGGCCAAGCAUCACCUUCGCCUAACGCUGGCUCCCCCGCCGGCACGCCUCACGCGUCCACCAGCGCCGGAGGCAUGACUGGCGGCUAUCCUCCGUCCGGCGGCAACCACACCGGCGGUGGUGGUGGCGGUGGCUCCGACAAAGCCGCGGCGCACCGCGCCAAGGGCGACGCAUACAAGGCCGCUGUCCUCGACCUGCACUGGGACGCGGAGCGCGCCUACUUCUACGACUACAACAUCUCGGCACACGACCACUCGCCGGUCUACUCUCCCGCGGGCCUCUGGCCUCUCUGGCUCAACAUCACGCCUCCGGGCCUGGAGGGGAACGAGACGAUGGCGCUCGCCAUCGCGAGCGGGCAGCGCUUCAUUCUGGGCAAGUACGCUGGUGUGCCGUCUGUCGCGAGCCUCCUGAAGACUGGCUUGAACUGGGACUUCCCGAAUGUCUGGCCGCCGCACGUAUACAGCACAAUCAAGGCUUUUGAAACCCUCCACCGCCUCGUGCCGAACGCGACGACAUUCGACGCCAUCGGCAUCCCGUUCGACCAAGUCGCGCCGCGCCAGCUCAACCUCGACGAAGCGCAACUGCCGGAACAGCCGCAGUCGACGAUCGGCAACACCUCGCUCUUUACGAACGCGUCCGAGCCCUGGCCGAAGCAGAUGGUCAUUGAAAUCGCAAACCGGUACAUGACAGACGCAUUCUGCUCAUGGUACUCGACGGGCGGCGCGAUCCCCGGCGUCCUCCAGCAGCUGCCGCUCUCCGACCUCAACGCGACGGGCACGUACACCUCCGACUCGGCGGGACACAUGUUCGAAAAGUUCAACGUCACGGACCCAGACGCGGCGGGCGGCGGCGGCGAGUACACCGUCCAAAUCGGGUUUGGGUGGACGAACGGCGUGGUGCUGUGGGCCGCGGGACGGUAUGGGCAGUACCUCCCCACGCCGACGUGUCCGCUCAUCCCUAUUGUCAUCAACGACAACGGAGGCGGUGGAGGCGGUAAUGGCACGGACGGCGGCAACGGCACGACGCAUGAUGCCGGCGCUAACGCUACCCACGCCGGCACGAAUGCCACGCAGGCCAUGUUCCGCGGGUACCGCAUCCCGCGCAAGUAA